AUGAAUUUGAAGAAGGAAAUCGCGGACGGGGAAUCCAUAUCUGCGAAACCAGAACCAAAGAGUGCUGUGGCAGCAGAAGUAGAACUAUCUAAAGAAGAGCAGGCGAAAUUGCUUGAGAAACCUUUACUGGAACCCCAAUCUCCAAGUUCCAAAAGGCGUCAAUCUCUGACUGGCGCUUCAACGGCCGGCGGCAGUAGUCAUAAUGUUGCACCCAAGCGUGCUCGCGCAGCCCAAACGGCGGUCAAAAUAUUACCGAUUAAAUACGAGUUUUGCGAAGUGGAAGAUAUGGUAAUCCUCAUUGCGAACAUGAUCUCAGAAUUGAUAGCCACAAAUGACGGGCUGCCUCUGCGAACUGGGGUCCUUACGAGGUUUCACUCAAGGACUCCUCCAGGAAUAUCUGUUCUUGACUAUUUGCAAAGGUUGGCAAAGCACGCAACUUUGACGCCUCCCUUAUUACUGUCCAUGGUUUACUACAUCGAUCGGCUAUGCUCACUGUACCCUGCUUUCACUGUCACAACUCUGACCAUCCAUCGAUUUCUAAUUACUGCGGCGACUGUAGCUGCGAAAGGGCUGUCUGAUUCUUUUUGGAACAAUGCGACCUAUGCUCGCGUUGGAGGUAUCAAGCUGGCAGAAUUGGGCUUGUUGGAAUUGGAUUUCUUGUAUCGAGUCGAUUGGAAGAUAGUGCCGAACCCGGAGGUUUUGGUUGACUACUAUCGUGGUUUGGUAGAGCGAUCGGAAGGAUACGAGUUAGAUGAGGACGAGUCAAGCUCAUUAGACGAAGACGAUGAGGACAGUGGCGAAGGGGAAAUCAGUGAAAUUAAAGAUCAAGAUCUCAAGUCAGGAGAAGCUACAGACGUACAGUGGAAGGCAUGGAUGAGUGAGAACUCUUCGCGCACAUCGGCUGCGAAGACUGCUAUCGAGAAAGAGGUGCAACCAUGA